CCUGUGGGCCGCGCUGCCCGCGGGCGCCGGCGUACGCACAGUGCGACCCGCGCCAGGGCACCAUGCCGCGCUCCUUCCUGGUGAAGACGCACUCCAGCCACAGGGUCCCCAACUACGGGCAGCUGGAGAGGCAGAGAGAAACCAGUGGCGCCUGUUCUGCCUGCGGGGGGCUGGUGGUGCCCCUUGUCCUCCCAGACAAGGCGGCCCCGUCCACGCCUGGCGACCCUCCCCGGCCCUGGGACUUCACCUCCGUCGUCGCCCACGUCUCCCUGCCCCUCCCCACCUUCCUGUGUAACGAGGAAGCUCGGGGGGCCUCGGGGCCAGACCCCCUGGAAGUCAGCCUGGCAGACCCUCGGGCUGGCCGGGCCCCCGGCGCACCUCUCAGAGACAGCCUGAACCACCUCAACCUGCCCCCGCUGCUGGCUCUGCCCACACGCUGGCCCCCGAUCCUGGGCGCAGAUGGGGCCCAGGCUCCGGGCCACCUGCCAGGGGCCGAGCGGGCCCCCCACACCCCAGCGGGCUUCCGCACGCCGGCCGCACUGGCCAGGCACCAGCAGCUGCAUUGCCACCUGCAGGCUCAACGCUGCUUCACCUGCAAGUUCUGUGACAAGGAGUAUGGCAGCCUGGGCGCCCUCAAGAUGCACAUCCGCACACACACGCUGCCCUGCCUCUGCGCCAUGUGCGGCAAGGCCUUCUCCAGGCCCUGGCUGCUCCAGGGCCACAUCCGGACCCACACAGGUGAGAAGCCCUACACCUGCCCUCACUGCAGCAGGGCCUUCGCCGACCGCUCCAACUUGCGGGCCCACCUGCAGACGCACUCGGACACCAAGAAGUACCAGUGCAAGCGCUGCGCCAAGACCUUCUCCCGCGUGGCGCUCCUGGCGCGGCACGAGGAGUCCGGCUGCUGCGCCCCCUGAGGGGCGGAGGGGCCGAGGAGCGGGGCGUCCUGGGAGGGCGUCGCCCUUCCCUGCCCCCGUGAGGGACUUUCGUCCGGCCGAGAGCCUCCUCCAUGCUGUUUGCAGCGAGCUCUGGUUCCGGUUCUGCUCCUCCCAGUGACAGCCGGUCGGGAGCGGGGCGUCAGCACGGAAGAGCCCCGCGUUAGGCUGACGGCGGGGCUGCCCUGGAUGCCGUCCACUCCAGACCGGCAGCUUGACUUGGGCCGAGCACAUCCGUGUGGGCCACCUGCGUGGGCCGAGCUACCUGGAGGCUCCCCUCCACCCGCCUUUGAUGGCAUCCGGGCCAAGCUGUCUCACGUCACACGUGCACAGGCGCACACACGCGGCACGCACACACGCUCCCCUCCUCGCUAGGCCGUCCUGAAGAUGGAGCAGCGAGGGAGGCCCCGCGGCGGGUGGAUCUGGGGCAAUAAAGAGCCCGCACUCCUGCUGCAAUGUCCUCUGAGGCUCACCCGGUCCCCUGGGUCCGCGGAGGAGGCCGAGCUCGGACAAACUCUGCUGAGGCAGCAGGGCCCCUGGAUAACGGGACCCUUGUGGCCAGAGAGGGGGAAGCCGAGGGGGAAGGGCCUCGAGCUGUGCGGUCCUCACCGGGUGGGAGCACCAGGUGAGCAGGGCGCCUUCCCUUGGAAGGAAGGGAGCGGACGUGGGGCCAGCGCAGCGAGGGCCAGCGACGGGGUGAGGGUGCGAGAGGGGGACCGAGGCCGCGUGUCUGUGGCAGGCGUGCAUCCCCCCCAAAGUCUAAUUUAGAGGGGAGUCCCUCCUGCACCUGCAGCCUCUCUACUGAACACCACAGACGCGUCGCCACCGCAGCCGCCUCCCCGAGGCACCAAGCCCUCCACCCAGCGCCCCGGCCUCCCUCCUGCACGCCCUCUCCUGAGGCUGUAGCACUUCCAACCCAGCAAGCAGCCGAUCUCUGACCCCACCCGAGACACACACCUUCCCAAACCGACUCAGAUGCCGAGACCCCGCUUUCUUCUCAUAGGUGGCCUCCCCUCACCCCCAGGCCCCGGGCCGUCACGCGCUGGGCUGGUCCUGCCACUUGGCAGCGUGUCUGAGCCGCCUGCACCAGCGCCUGGAGGGUGGCAUUUAGGAAGGAGGACGGAGGCCUGAGUCUGACGGAGGCUGGCCGAGUCCUUGAUGCACGAGGGGACACCUGCUCCUCUCUGCAGGAGGCCUGGCCCCAGCCAGGGGACGGGGCUCGGCACCUUGGUCCUGCUCCCGGGACGGCGCCACACGGCCCUGAGCCACCAGACCUGCUGACCUCCUCGCCGUGUGACAGGAUGCUGGGGGCGCUCAUCAGGCCCACACAGCUCCCAGCUCCGCAGCCCCAUCCCUGGGUCCCCACCCGUAGAUCCCUCCUGAUGCUGAAGUCAGGGGCUGAAGGUCCCUGGGUGGCUGGUUUGAUAACGGCAAUCAGAGGGGGCCUGGGGACAUCCCAGAGGAAACCUGACCUUGACACUGGGCUUCCCUGGAUCAAGGGCGACCCUGAUGAAACUGACCACCCAGGA